AUGAUCUUCGAACCAGCAGAAAGGAUUCUGCUUCCAACAAGGGACCUAUUGUCCUACAUUUUUGAUGAACCAACAUAUGACCAAGACCAGCCAAUCUAUGUCGACGUCCAUAAUCCCACACGGUCGAUCUCCUGCAACCAGGCGCGAAAGCUCAUUCGUCAGCUCAUCGCCGGCCUACGGGCAUCUGGUCUCCAAAAAGGCGAUUGUGUUCUCAUUCAUUCAUUCAAUGAUAUAAGCUACAGCAUGCUUGUGUUAGCUAUUAUCGGAGCUGGAGGAGUUUACACGGGCUCAAACCCAUCUUACACCCCCCAUGAGCUCGCUCACCAUAUCCGGGCCUCCGAGAGCAAGUUCCUUUUCUCCGAGCCCGAGAUCUUGGAUCCACUCCUGCGUGCGGCUGAGGAGAUAAAAAUACCCAAACAAAAUGUUUGGAUUUUUGAUAAUCUGGGACAAUCUAUUCCGGAUGGAAUGAGAUCAUGGAAACAGCUAUUAGAAGUCGGCGAGGACGAUUGGGUCCGAUUCAACGAUCUUGAAACAUGCCGACAGACCACAGCCGCAAGAUUGUUUAGCAGCGGCACUACCGGCCUGCCCAAAGCCGUGACAAUUACACAUCACAAUCUUAUUGCACAACAUGAGGCUGUUUAUGGCGUGAAUCCCCGUCCUUACUCUGUUUCACGGGUCAUUGCAGUCCCCAUAUUCCAUGCAUCUGCAGCUCCAGUGACACAUAUUUCAACCCUGAAAGCUGGCGCAGUCGUAUAUAUGAUGCGUCGGUUCGACCUUGAGACUUACCUCAAUACAGUCGAUAAGUACAACGUCACCGAUAUUGCUAUGGUUCCACCAAUCGUAAUCGCAAUCCUGAUGUCGCCUCUCUCUCAAAAGAAACCUUAUCUUAAAAAGAUCCGAACGGCAGGUUGUGGAGCGGCUCCUUUGGAUAAGAAUGUCCAAGCCAGGUUUCGCUCACUGAUGGGCGGCAACGGGCCAUUCACGCAGGUAUGGGGCAUGACUGAAACAUCAUGUGUGGCUACCAUGUUUCCCUACCCUGAGCACGAUGAUACCGGCUCUGUUGGCCGGCUUCUCCCAAAUCUUGAAGCUAAACUCAUCGAUGAAAACGGAGAGAAUAUCUCCGCCUUUGGCGUCCGUGGCGAGUUGUGUGUCCGAGGUCCGACAGUGACACCCGGGUACUUCAACAAUCCCGAGGCCAAUGCCGAGUCCUUUGACGCGGAAGGUUGGUUCAAAACGGGCGAUAUGGCCUAUUGUGACCAGAAUACUCGCAAAUGGUAUAUUGUGGAUCGCAGGAAGGAAUUGAUCAAAGUUCGCGGGUUCCAGGUGGCUCCACCGGAACUCGAGGCGGCGCUGUUGUCGCACCCGCAGAUCGUCGAUGCAGGUGUCAUUGGGAUCACCUUCCCUGGUGCUGAUACCGAGUACCCACGUGCCUACGUGGUACGACGACCGGGGGAUGCAGGGUCUAAGCUAACGGAAGCUGAGAUUCAAGAAUAUGUUUUGAGGCGCCUUGCGAAAUAUAAGGCACUCACAGGUGGCGUGAAGUUUGUCGGUGCGAUUGCACGGAACCCAAGUGGGAAGAUCUUGAAGAGAGUAUUGCGCGAGGAUGCUAAGAAAGAAAUUGAGGCUGGGCUUCUGAAAGCUAAGCUAUGA